AAUCACCAGCAAUCACACAAGUUCUCUCUCUUUCUCCGUUUCCCCUUAUUUACGGAUUUCAGUGUUAAAUUUCGAUCGGUAGAGGAUGUCAGGCCGUGGAAAGGGCGGAAAGGGGCUGGGCAAAGGAGGAGCAAAGCGUCAUCGGAAAGUUCUCCGUGAUAACAUUCAGGGAAUCACGAAGCCGGCGAUUCGUCGAUUGGCUCGAAGAGGUGGGGUGAAGAGAAUCAGUGGAUUGAUCUACGAAGAAACUCGUGGAGUACUCAAGAUCUUCUUGGAGAAUGUGAUUCGUGAUGCUGUGACAUACACUGAGCAUGCUAGGAGAAAGACGGUGACUGCCAUGGAUGUGGUUUAUGCUUUGAAGAGGCAAGGAAGGACUCUUUAUGGAUUUGGAGGUAAGAUGUCAGGCCGUGGAAAGGGCGGAAAGGGGCUGGGCAAAGGAGGAGCAAAGCGUCAUCGGAAAGUUCUCCGUGAUAACAUUCAGGGAAUCACAAAGCCGGCGAUUCGCCGGUUGGCUCGAAGAGGUGGAGUGAAAAGAAUCAGUGGAUUGAUCUACGAAGAAACUCGUGGAGUACUCAAGAUCUUCUUGGAGAAUGUGAUUCGUGAUGCUGUGACAUACACUGAGCAUGCUAGGAGAAAGACGGUGACCGCCAUGGAUGUGGUCUAUGCUUUGAAGAGGCAAGGAAGGACUCUUUAUGGAUUUGGAGGGUAAGAAGGGAGUCUUGGUUUGUGGUGUUGGAGAUCGGAGAAGUCUUGCUGUCAAGAAUUAGAAGUGACAAUGGUGGUGGCAGUGGCGGUGGAGACGACGGUGGUUGUUAAGGUGUUUAGGGUUAGGGUUAGGUUUUUGUAAUUGUUAAUUUGAAUGUUGUUUCUAUGUAAUUAGAUUGGUGUGUUUGGGAAUCUGAGUUUAUGUCAGUACUAUGGAGUAUCUGUCUUUGUAAUUCAUUCUAUGAAUUGCAAUUUUACUGAAAUUAGUUGCAUUAUUUUCUGAA